GGUGGUCACAGAGAGAGAAACAGUGUUUGCCUCCAUCCACUCUUGCAAAAGACCACAGGGAAGCCAGGGUCCCAGAUGCACAAUCACCACUCACCAUAAGGUGAUUGACAAGGGGACCCUCCACCUGGAGACACUAUGGCCCAAACCCCACAGUUGAGGAAAGAAAUCGUAAUAAGAGAGAUAGAGGGGGUUCCUCUGUUACAGGCAGCAGCGGACAACUGGAGCCAUAUCCAGAACUUUCAGGCCAAGCCAGAUGAUCUCCUCAUCUGUACCUACCCUAAAUCAGGAACAACAUGGAUCCAGGAAAUUGUGGAUAUGAUUGAACAGAAUGGGGAUGUGGAGAAGUGCCAGCGAGCCCUCAUUCAUCAUCGCCACCCUUUUAUUGAGUGGGCAAAGCCGCCCCAGCCCUCAGGGGUGGAAAAAGCAAAUGCAAUGCCCUCUCCACGGAUACUAAGGACUCACCUGUCCACUCAGUUGCUGCCACCAUCUUUCUGGGAAAACAACUGCAAGUUCCUUUAUGUAGCUCGGAAUGCCAAAGACUGCAUGGUUUCCUACUACCAUUUCCAAAAGAUGAAUCAAGGGCUCCCUGAACCUGGUACGUGGGAAGAGUAUUUUGAAACCUUCAUCAAUGGAAAAGUGGUUUGGGGAUCCUGGUUUGACCACGUGAAAGGAUGGUGGGAGAUUAAAGACAGAUACCAGAUCCUGUUCCUCUUUUAUGAGGAUAUAAAGAGGGACCCGAAGCAUGAAAUUCAGAAGGUGAUUAAGUUCAUGGGAAAGAAUUUGGAUGAAACAGUGCUGAAUACAAUUGUCCAGGAGACAGCAUUUGAGAAAAUGAAAGAAAAUCCCAUGACAAAUCGUUCUACAGUCCCCAAAUCUAUGAUGGACCAGUCCAUUUCACCCUUCAUGAGGAAAGGAAUGGUUGGUGACUGGAAAAACCACUUCACCGUGUCCCAGAAUGAGAGGUUUGAUGAAAUCUACAAGAGAAAGAUGGAAGGAACUUCCAUAAAGUUCUGCCUGGAACUCUAAGCAGGGCUUAAAUUUUAAAAACAGAAUUUAUGCAGAGGCUUCCUUCAUUCCUCAGUCCUAGCUGAAAGAAUGUCUGCAAAAGCUCAUUGUAAAUGUACAUGGUUUUGGUACAAAAUGUUUCUGUGAUUAACAAUAUGUCACCCAGCAAAGCAGCCAUGUCAAAUGCCUAUUUUCUCCAAUGUUCUUUGCAAAAACAAACAGCUUAAUAGAAAAAACAGCUUAAUAAACUAAAUAAAGAC